UAGUCAUUUUCGGACAAGGAAAUAGAUAGAUAAGCAAAUCACCGACCCCGUCUUCAUUCUCUUCUUUACUUCGUUUUAGCCCUAAAACCGAAACUCGCGAAAGUGACUGGAAGCGGAAGGAAGGAAAGAGAAAGGAACUUUGUCUAAGCCAAAUUGCGUAGUUGGAGUUGGAGACUGCGAGUUCUUCCCCGCGCCACCUAACUUACGAAAUUGCUCUCUCCAGACCUGUUUCUGGGGAUUUCAUUUUCGCCUCAAUUCACCAUUUCCCAUUACCAGCUGAAGGAAUCCAGAAACCCUAGGAAAUGUCAGGCGGGUUUUUCCGGGGUACGUCCGCCGAGCAAGACACUCGGUUUUCUAACAAGCAAGCGAAGCUGAUGAAGUCGCAGAAGUUUGCUCCUGAAUUGGAACACCUGGUGGAUAUGACUAAAGUGAAAAUGGAUGUUAUGAAACCAUGGAUUGCUAAUAGGGUGACUGAGCUUCUUGGUUUUGAGGACGAAGUUCUUAUCAACUUCAUUUACGGCCUUCUCGACACUAAGGCAGUUAAUGGGAAAGCGGUCCAGAUACAACUUACUGGCUUCAUGGAAAAGAACACUGGAAAGUUUAUGAAGGAGCUCUGGUCCCUUCUUAUCAGUGCCCAGAAGAAUGCCAGUGGCGUUCCUCAACAGCUUUUGGAUGCCAAAGAAGAAGAAACUAGGCAGAAGCAGGCAGAAAGAGAUCGGAUAACUGCUGAGAUUCAGAAAAAGAAAGAGAAGGAGAAUAUAGAUUCCGAUUUGAUGCGCCAGAGGAAGAUGCUAGCUUCUGCAAUUAUUUGGGUUCAUGUCCUUUACCUCAAACUACUGUAGGACGGUGGUGCUGAGACAAAGGCCAAUAAUACUUCUGCGGAUCCAAGAUCAAAACAGAUACAAUUAAAGGGUUCAAGUGGUGCUUUUGAUAAUGAGAAAGAAGCUGAAAUAAGAAACGGGUCGAGGGGACGGAGCAGGGUCUCUAAGUCUCCACAUCGAGGUGAUCUUUCACCUUCCUCUCCUAGUGGAAGGAUAAAGCCCAGAAGCUUUUCAAGAUCACCUUAUUCACGACAUCGCUCAGUUUCUUCUGAACGGCGUAGAAAACGGUCAAUUACUCCUGGUCGGGGGCAUUCACCACGUGCGUCUAAUUCACCUCUGAGGAGGCGGUCAUCCUUUGUUAGACAAAGAUCCAGAUCACCUUCAAUUAGCAGGUCCCCGUCCCCAGUAAGGCGUAGGUUGCGAUCUCCUUACCGCCGCAGAUCACCUUCACCCAUUCGACGCCGUAGAUCACCUUCACCGGUUCGGAGGCCCAGGUCACCAUCCCCACCUCGCAGGAAGCGUAGAUCACGCUCACCCAUGCGACGCCGGAGAUCUCCCUCACCUAUUCGACAACGUAGGUCACCUGCUAGAAGUCGCAGGACCCCUUCUCCCACUAGAAGGCGCAGAUCCCCAUCGCCACAGAGCCGUCAAUCGCCGUCACCUUUGCAUAAUCGAUCUCCUUCACCACUAAAGCGGAGAUCACCUUCCCCACCACGCCGUAGAUAUGAAAGGUCUCCACCUAGUUCUAAACGUGGGUCUCGAUCUCCGGUAAGACGUAAGUCUCGAUCUCCAGCAAGACGUAGGUCUCGAUCUCCAGCAAGACGUAGGUCUCCUGCCCCUGCCCGGCAAAGAUCACCAGUGCGUACACGUCGAAGGUCACCCUCACCGUUUGUUUCAAGAUCUCCAUCUCCUAUUCGGCAAAGAUCCCCUUCCCCUACAGUUAGAAGAUCUACAGGUCAAUCAUCACAAGGAAAACUUAGGAGUCGGGAAAUAUCCUCUCCUGUACGGGCUCAAUCUGGGCAGUUGAGGUCACCUCUGGGAGAUGCUAAGGAACGGAAGGAUUGGAGAAAGAGAUCACCUGCACCUUUGUCUUCACCUGAGGGGUCUCCUGUCCAAUCGGAAUCUCCACCACCCAUAAAAAAAACUAGUAACAAUGAUGACAAAAGUAUUCCAAGGCAAAUGAGGGAGCUGCAUCCAGAGCACAAUCUUAGUCCUCCGCCACAACCAAAAGAUAAAAGAUCUCGAUAUGAAAGCUCCGACGAUAGCAAAGAGGGUGACGGAAAUAACCGUUCUCGAUAAAACAUAUGCUAGUAGGUUGAAGGAUUCUCUCGUCGAAGUUCAAUAUAAGGGCAAACAGUCUCCUGAAAUCAAUUCAGGCCAUCAAACAAAGUCUAGAAGCCACUAUAAGACAGAACCAGGGAAGAAAGAUCAGGAAACAAGGAGUGAGAAAUCUUAUGGAAGGAAGGGGCAUGCUGAAGCUUGGGAGGGUCAGAAGUCUCCCGUGGAGAGCCUAGCAGAUGUUCAGAAGUCUGUUGGCAGCCUUUCUCAUGGGCACUUUAUGAAAGAUGAUAGACACGGCAAACCUGAUACUAUAACUUCAAUUGAAAACGUUGAGAAUAGUAAUGGUGGUAGUAGACUUGAUUCUGAUUCAGACAGAAGUGGUAAGCACGAUGGCAAGGAAAAAAGAAAGCAUAAAAGAUCACAUAGGCAUGGAAAAUCAUCAUCUGAUGAUGAAAGUGAUUCUGAAGUUGAAGAAAGGAAAGAGGUUAAGAAGAGGAGGAAAGAAGAGAAGAAAUCACGCAAGGAGGAAAAACGCCGUAGACGUGAGGAGCGGCGCCGUAAAAGAGGAGAGAGACAGGCCGAGAAGCUGAAACUGAAGAAGCGAGAUGAUGAUUCUUCUGAUGAUGACCACGCAGCCAGGGGAAAAAUGUAUUCUUCGAGUGAUGAUGAAGAGGAGCAUUCCGAACAGAAAAAGCUAGAGAUUGAGUUAAGGAAGAAGGCUCUUGAAUCGCUGAAAGCCAAGAAGAGCAUUGACCACUAAGUCAUGUCAUUGCGUUUUUGCGAUCUUGGAUAAUCUCAAAUGAUCUUUUGUUUCUAAGCUGUUUUACUUUUUUCUAGGACCUUUUGUUAUGAAUGGAUGUGUUAUUUUUGAUAACCUUUUAAUGUUAGUCUGUGUUUACUGCUGGCAGCUGAAAUGGAUAAAUGAUGGAUUUCCUGAGCUAUUCUCUUGACUGCCCCCUAUAUCCAGAUCUUCCUGCUAUAUUUACUGGUAAUGAUUGUUUUCCCUUUGUUGAGAAUUGUGAUAUUGUGUUAUUAAUGGUUGUCAGCUUUAGUUAAGCAUGCUGAUGUCUGCUGUUACUUGUGAAUUGCACUUUAUGGAAUUAUUUUGUUCUUAUAAGUACUUGUCAAGUUUGAUGUGCCCUUGUCUCGCUUUACAUGGUUAUCUGCUGAUAUGAAAAGAGUAUCGGUUUCAGAACGAAAACGAUGCAUUACAGGUCUGCUCAUUAUUUCAAUUCACUGGUUACCGUUGAUACUAAGUAAGCCUUUUGGUCAAUUGGUAGAUGAAAUAAUUGACAACUUGAUUCGUGCUCGAGUGGAUUAUGUGCAGGGCUACUCUGUGAACAUAUGAACAUCGAAUCAGGUGAAGUACCUCCUCGAGUUCAACUGUGUUUGUUUGUUAUAUAAAGUAUAAACUAUCGGGGAUCUCAACCAGACAAUAAUCGGUAGUCAUUCUAUUUCUUUUGGCAGGCUUCUCUAAUUAGGUUAUACCCUAUAUAUUUGCAGAUUGAGAAUUGUAUUGGGGUCAUUUUGUUGUUAAUGAAUAUAUAUGGUGAUCUAGGUUCAAGGACUCGACUCCCCGCACCCUUAACAUUGGCAUGUGUGAUGUGUGUAGUAAACUUUGAAUUGCCAAUUUUCCAUGGAUGUUUAUGAUGAGAUUGGUGAUAAUAAGAUAGUGCGUUUCCAUUAUCUGGACAACCUACUGAUGUUUCCUUCGUGUUCAUGUUGCAAAUUAUUUGAGGUUCUAGUUCAUAAGCGGACACAUGCAGAACUGCCUGAUCAUUGAGGGAACUCGUUCGCACUGGGUUCGAUAGGAGUUUUCACUUUGAUUGCCUUUUUCUGAGUAGCGCGUACUAGGAAACAACCUAUUGAUGUUUCUUUCAUGCUCAUGUUGCAAGGUAUUUGAAGUUCAAAUUCAUAAGUGAGCACAUUCAGAAGUGCCUGAUCAUUGAGAGCUCUCAUUCACACUGGGUUACAAUGAUAUGGUUGAACCUGAGUUUUCACUUUGAUUGUGUUUUGCUGAGUAGCUCAUACUAGGCUGUACGCUUUUUUGUUGAAGUUGGUUGGUAUAGGAAACAGCAUGGUCACGGGUAGAAGUGCAGAUAAUAUGAUUCAGUGAGGUUAAUGGAUGGGUGGAGGUCUUGUAGUUCCAAAUAGCAGUGUCCUUGUUCAACCGUUUUUUCUUUAAACAAUGGCAAGUUGCAAUUGUUCCCAAAAGCAAUCAAUAUGCACUCAGUCCGUUGCAUAGUCGUAGUGUAUGCUCCUCUUCUUAUACGGUGAUGAUGUAGAGGUUGCUCAUGAUAUAUCAUGUUCAGCAAGAACAGAGCACUCUUCUGUAAUGGAUGCGGCCGGCUUUUCAUCUCAUUAUAGCAUUUGCGUAAUGGCCUUUGCCUCCCCAUCCACAGAAUCGCA